GGCAGUAUGAGGCGAACGCAGGGGGACAGGGACCAGCAGCUGUCGCCGCCGUUCUCAGGGUGAAGAAAAACCAGAAAUCUCUGCCCCCUGACUUUGAAAACUCAGUUUAACCUUCAAACUGGCGAUGUCAAGGGUUCCAAGUCCUCCACCUACGGCCGAAAUGUCGAGUGGUCCCGUGGCUGAGAGCUGGUGCUAUUCACAGAUCAAGGUAGUGAAAUUCUCCUACAUGUGGACCAUCAAUAACUUUAGUUUUUGCCGGGAGGAAAUGGGUGAAGUCAUAAAAAGUUCAUCUUUUUCAUCAGGAGCCAAUGAUAAACUGAAAUGGUGUUUGCGAGUAAACCCAAAAGGGUUAGAUGAAGAAAGCAAAGAUUACCUGUCACUUUACCUGUUAUUGGUUAGCUGUCCAAAGAGUGAAUUUCGGGCGAAGUUCAAGUUCUCCAUCCUGAAUGACAAGGGAGAAGAAACCAAAGCUAUGGAGAGUCAGCGAGCUUAUAGGUUCGUGCAAGGCAAAUACUGGGGAUUCAAAAAAUUUAUUCGUAGAGACUUUCUUUUGGACGAGGUCAAUGGGCUUCUCCCUGAUGACAAGCUCACCCUCUUCUGCGAGGUGAGUGUAGUACAAGAUUCCGUCAAUAUUUUUGGACAGAACACCAUGAACAUGGUGAAGGUUCCUGAGUGCCGGCUGGCGGAUGAGUUAGGAGGACUAUGGGAGAAUUACCGGUUCACAGAUUGCUGCUUGUGUGUGGCUGGCCAAGAAUUCCAGGCUCACAAGGCUAUCCUAGCAGCUCGGUCUCCGGUUUUCAGUGCCAUGUUUGAACACGAAAUGGAGGAGAGCAAAAAGAAUCGGGUCGAAAUCAAUGAUGUGGAACCUGAUGUCUUUAAGGAAAUGGUGUGCUUCAUCUACACAGGGAAGGCGCCAAACCUUGAGAAAAUGGCUGAUGAUUUGCUGGCAGCUGCUGACAAGUAUGCCCUGGAGCGUUUGAAGGUCAUGUGUGAGGAUGCCCUCUGCAGUAACCUCUCCGUGGAGAACGCUGCAGAAAUUCUCAUCCUGGCUGACCUCCACAGAGGUCUUGGAGAUCUCUGGAUGGAAGUCAAUGGUGGUAUCACAUCCCCACUUAGUGGCUGAAGCAUACCGCUCUCUGGCUUCAGCACAAUGCCCUUUCCUGGGGCCCCCACGCAAACGCC